AUGGGGCAAUCUUCAGAGUGUCUUGACAAUGCAGAGAGUGCAGGUAGCAGAGUGUAUUUUGAUGGAAUCAAGACACAGAUGCCUGAUAAAGUGCCAGUGUCUAUGCAGCACACUAUUUGUGAUGGUCACCACAACCAGGGGGACAUCCUAAUGAAGUAUGCCAAGGCCAGCAUUCCCCCAGGUGAAACUCUUACUGAGACCAACAAUCAAGGAAAUUUGUAUGAGAGGGGGCAGAAUACAUUUAUGAAGACGAUGAAGCAAGGCCAUGAUCCUGAAAUGCAUGGGAUUCACCUGUCUAAAGACAUGGUGUCUGGACCUCAUGGCACCCCAUAUAUUUAUGCAUACUUCCAGGUGACUGAGGUCUUGGCCUUGUACUUUGCUGAAAUGUUUUGCAUGGCCUUUCCAGAAUUUUAUGAGGAAUACAGGAAGACAGUUGAGGCAGGCAAAUAG